UCUGACCCCCACAACAUGUCCGGCUGUUAUCAGCGCCAGAGUCUGGAGCUGCAGGCUCCACAGGACAGCAGAAACACGCGCACCAUUUCGGUGGAGCUGAACAGAAACAACACCACCUCCAGCUGCAAUCCCAGCCAGCGACGGCGGCAACAGCGGACAGCCCAGCAACGGCAGGAGUCCUGGUUUCGGCAUUCAAUGCCGCCGGCAAUUAAUCGGGACUUUGAAUCGUUGGAGCAUCUGCAAGCGCAGGAGACGACCAACGGCUUGGACGAGCAGCUGGCGGCCUCAUUGAGCAGCAAGCUGCCCGUUCUGAGCCAGACUAGCAUACACCUAAACAGUGCCAAUAGCAAUCUCGGCUUCAUCGACUCCGACACACCAAAUACGCCCAUCACGCCGCUUUCCAACUCGGUGGCGGGUACACUUUCCUCCUGUCAAGCGGCUGCAGCCGGAGCCGGAGCUGGCGGCGACAAUGGCUCCAGGAACAAGUCGCGUAAUCGCAAGGACUCCAGAGCCUCCAUAUUAUCCAACGCAGCACGCGGCCUGCGCAUGACCACAUCAUUCCUACGCAGAAAACGCAAGGAAUACGAAGAUGAUGACGAUGAAAUUCCGCACUUCAAUGGUUACGAGUCGAAUGACGCGGAAAAACGCGUCAUUUCGUUGAACGCGCCACAGCCCACAAAAUAUUGCAAUAACCGUAUAUCCACGGCUAAAUAUAAUGUCCUCACCUUUAUACCGUCGUUCCUCUUUGAGCAAUUCCGACGAUAUUCCAAUAUAUUUUUCUUACUUAUUGCAUUAUUACAACAAAUUCCGGAUGUGUCGCCAACGGGUCGCUACACCACAUUGGUGCCACUCCUCUUUAUACUCUCAGUAAGCGCCAUCAAGGAAAUCAUCGAGGAUUUGAAACGACAUCGCGCUGAUAAUGAAAUCAACCAUCGAUUGAUUGAGCGCUUAGAAAAUGACACUUGGACCACGGUGCGCUGGUCCGAGCUGACAGUUGGGGAUAUUAUAAAGGUGGUCAUCGAUACAUUCUUUCCUGCCGAUUUAAUAUUGUUGUCGUCAAGCGAGCCGCAGGCCAUGUGUUUCAUUGAAACGGCAAAUUUGGAUGGCGAGACGAACUUGAAGAUUCGACAGGGCUUGCCGUCGACAGCCAAAUUACUGGAAACGAAAGACUUGUUGCAAUUGGAGGGCAAACUUGAAUGUGAAUUGCCGAACCGGCUAUUGUACGAGUUUAAUGGCGUGCUGAAGGAGUAUGGUAAACCUGCCUGUUCACUUGGCAGCGAUCAGGUGCUACAGCGUGGCGCCAUGUUGCGGAAUACGGCCUGGAUAUUCGGCAUUGUCGUGUACUCGGGACACGAAACAAAGCUGAUGAAGAACUCGACCUCGGCGCCUCUUAAGCGGUCCACUGUCGACAAACUAACCAACACACAGAUUUUAAUGUUGUUCAUGAUACUGAUCUCUCUCUGCAUAACAAGCGGGCUGUGCAAUUUGUUUUGGACGCAAAAACAUUCCCAAACGGACUGGUAUUUGGCCAUUGGAGACUUUAAGAGCAUGAGCCUCGGCUAUAAUCUGCUGACGUUCUUCAUUCUGUACAACAAUCUGAUACCCAUAUCGCUGCAGGUCACCCUGGAAUUGGUGCGUUUUCUACAGGCUAUCUUCAUCAACUAUGACAUUGAGAUGUAUCACGAGGAGUCCAAUAUGCCGGCCAGUGCGCGCACCUCUAAUCUCAACGAAGAGCUUGGCCUGAUUAAGUAUAUCUUUUCGGACAAAACGGGCACGCUGACACGGAACGUGAUGGCUUUCAAGAAGUGCUCCAUAGCAAAGCGCAUUUACGAGCCCGAACGCACGCCCGAGGAAUCGGACCUGGUGCAGAAUAUACUUAGGAGGCAGGAAUCCUCCAAGGACAUUGAGGACUUUCUGGUACUAUUGUCCGUGUGCCAUACGGUGAUACCAGAAAAAAAGGAGGAUGGCACCAUUAUCUAUCAUGCCGCUAGUCCUGAUGAGCGUGCUCUGGUCGAUGGUGCACGAAAGUUUGGCUACAUUUUCGACACACGCACGCCUGACUAUGUGGAGAUAAAUGCAUUGGGGAAGCGUAUGCGCUUCCAGGUACUGAAUGUACUCGAAUUUACGUCGACACGGAAACGGAUGUCGGUCAUUGUGCGAACGCCAGAGGGUAAAAUAAAGCUCUUCACCAAGGGCGCCGAUUCAGUUAUAUACGAGCGUCUCUCGCCGCGUGAUCAGUCAUACCGGGAGACAACUUUGCAGCAUUUAGAGGAGUUCGCCUCCGAGGGCUUGCGCACGCUGUGCUUGGCCGUGGCCGACAUUGAUGAAGAAGUGUACCGGGAAUGGAGCCAGACACACCACAAGGCGUCGAUAGCAUUGCAGUAUCGCGUCAGCAAGCUGGAAGAUGCCGCAAAUUUAAUCGAGACCAAUCUUCGUCUGCUAGGCGCAACUGCAAUUGAGGACAAAUUACAGGAUGGCGUGCCGGAGACCAUAUCCGCCCUGCUGGAAGCAGGCAUAUACAUUUGGGUUUUGACCGGGGACAAGCAGGAAACGGCCAUCAACAUUGGUUACUCGUGCAAACUGAUCACACACACCAUGGACAUUAUCAUACUCAACGAGGGCAGUCUGGACGCCACUCGUGAUGUCAUUCUGCGGCACAUUGGCGAGUUUAAGAGCUCCUCGGUCAAGGAUGCGAAUGUGGCGCUCGUCAUCGAUGGCAAGACCCUGAAGUAUGCAUUGACCUGUGACCUGCGCGGCGAUUUCCAGGAGUUGUGCCUAAUUUGCCGCGUCGUCAUCUGCUGUCGCGUUUCGCCCAUCCAAAAGGCCGAGGUGGUCGAGAUGGUUACGCAAAGCACCAAGGCGGUUACCCUGGCCAUUGGCGACGGUGCCAACGAUGUGGCCAUGAUACAAAAGGCAAGUGUUGGCAUUGGCAUUUCGGGUGUGGAAGGUCUGCAGGCAUCCUGCGCCUCUGACUACUCGAUUGCCCAGUUUCGAUAUUUGCGUCGCUUGAUUCUCGUCCAUGGCGCCUGGAAUUAUGCACGCAUCAGCAAGCUGAUCCUCUACAGUUUCUACAAAAAUGUCUGCUUAUAUGUCAUUGAGCUCUGGUUCGCCCUCUACUCGGGCUGGUCGGGACAAAUUCUGUUUGAGCGCUGGACCAUUGGCCUGUAUAACGUUGUCUUCACCGCCAUGCCCCCAUUUGCAAUUGGCCUCUUUGAGAAGUUCUGCACGGCCGACACAAUGCUUAAGUAUCCGCUGCUGUAUAAACCCUCGCAGAAUGCCAAACUCUUUAAUGUGCGAGUCUUUUGGAUUUGGAUUUUCAAUGCUUUGCUGCACUCGGUCUUUCUCUUCUGGCUGCCGCUGUUCGCAUUCCAGGAGGAAGCAAUUUGGGGGGAUGGCAAAACCAGUGACUAUCUGCUGCUGGGCAACAUGGUCUAUACGUAUGUUAUUGUAACCGUUUGCUUGAAAGCCGGACUCAUCACCAGCUCCUGGACCUGGCUAACGCAUGCCGCCAUUUGGGGCUCAAUUCUGCUCUGGUUUGUGUUUGUUCUGAUAUAUAGCCACAUUUGGCCAGGAUUGAGCUUUGCGAGCAACUUUGCCGGCAUGGACUCUCAACUACUGUCGACGCCCGUCUUUUGGUUUGGUUUGGUGCUGGUGCCCAUCGCCAGCUUGCUGAUCGAUGUCAUCUGUAAGCUAAUACAUAAUACCGUUUUCAAGUCGCUCACCGAGGCUGUGCGUGAGUCGGAAAUACAGCGUCACGAUCCCUCACAGGUGAUGGAAGAGUCGCGCUCCUCAUUCACUGAAACUGCGAGAUUGCUACGCAAUGUUUUCACCCGUCGUGCCAACACAAGAGUCGAAACGGAACUAGAAUUAUCGCAUGGCUAUGCAUUUUCCCAAGAGGAAGGCGGUGCUGUGCCGCAAUCUAUAGUUAUACGCGCCUAUGACACGAAUUUGCCCAAACCAGAGGGCAAUUGAGAACCUCUCGAGAGAUAAGUAAAAAUAACGGCAGCUAUUGUAUUUAUGGCUAUGCAUUAGUUAAAGCAACACCUGAAACUUAUGAAAGCUUAUGUAUGUAAAAGGGCCAAAGAAUAAAAUCAUUUAAACAUAUAUAUUAAGCAUACUAAAUAAACAAAAAACAAGAAAAUAACAAUGUUAACUGAAACUUUUGUGAAAUCACACACUCUUUUUCUGGUAUUAUUGCAUCAAUAUAUUCUAAAUGUGUCUUACAUUACUAUUUUUUUUAUAUAUGUUGCAUAUGAUAACUUAAAUGUGUAUGUGUGUCCUAACUGUUAAUUAUUUUUUAAGUCAGAAACUCUUAAAUAAAGCCGUUAGAAGCAUUUGAUUA